AUGAUUGAAUCUAGGUUGUACGCAUAUGGGAAGGAUUCUAUUCGCCAAGUGUACAAGGAAUACACUCUUAAGGUUUCACAAAGUACAAAAAAUGCAAUAAAGUAUCCUAUAUGUUUCAUUCAUGGAGGGGCUUGGAGAGAUCCAAAGAAUGAUUAUAACGAUUACGAGAAACUGAUUCGUUAUAUAGAUAAUGCCUUUCUGGUUAAAGGAAACGCGGAAUCGAGAUCAGCUAAAAUACAGUUUUUUUCCAUUGACUACAGACUUUCCCCGGAAGUUAGGCAUCCAAAGCAUUUAACCGAUGUUUUAAAAUGCUUGAAAAGUAUAUCGAAGAAGUUCGAUGUGACUGACGUGACAUUGUGUGGGCAUUCAGUGGGUGCUACAUUAAUCACUCAAAUCCUUGAGAGACAGAAAAUCCUCAAAGAAUAUGGGAUCCCAGAAGAGCAAUUUAAGCCUCUUCCUAACAUUCGCCGGGUAAUGUUUCUAGAUGGAAUAUACGAUGUCAAUUCUUUACUUCGGGAAUAUCCAUCGUACAACAGUUUUGUUGGGGAAGCAUUUAAAGGCAAUGAUUACGUAAGUAAAUGUAACAUGAUAUCUUCAGGCACGAAGAGUCAAGAGGCAGCGGGCAUAUACAAUACGCUAGAACGUAUUGUAAUACUUCACAGUUCCAAAGAUCAAUUACUUUCAUUUCAGCAGCCAGAGGAAUUCGUUAAUUGGCUUCUUGAGAUCGGAGUGGAUGAGUCAAAGUUAAAAGGAUGCUACUGGAUUGAUGACUUCGGAAAGCAUAAUGAAGUUUAUCAGAGUCCAAAAGUGGCCGAUCUUUUGGUUGAUGAUAUUAUAUCCAGGACUAAAUAA